AAAUGCAUGAGUAUAUUUAUUUUCUGAAAGAAAACAGUCUGUUAUUUGCAUUUAUCAUGCCAUGAACUUAUACAUCAUCAUACCUAAUUUUUUUCUAAGAUCAACAUGUUUUAUAAUAUAUUCAAGAUUAUGAUACAAAGAUAGUAAAAUUAAGUAUAAAUUGGGAAUAUUUUUCAAGUAAAAACAUGGCAUUCUCUACCUAUGAACACAAACAAUAUUGAUUCAAACUAAAUGUCUUGUUUAACCAAUCACAAUUUUCCAAAAGAUGUUUAUGAUUUCUUCCAAUAACAAGACCAUAAAAUAUAUACUAUCCUGCAGAUCAUUUUUUUGUCCUCUGACAAAGUUUUUUCUUUUUUAUAAAACAAUUGUAGUGUAUUCUUUUAAAUUGAUAUAUACUCUUACAGUUGAGCAGAUGUUCCAUAAUUUACCAAAGUAUUCAUCUCAUUGUAAUUCCCUUUUUUUGUAAAUUACAAAAGUUGUGGUUAAUAUUAAGACAGCUUUUGACUAAAUAGCUUUUAGAAUUGCUGUGUCAAAGAAAACGAAAAAAUUAAAUUGGCUCUAGGUUGCCUUCCAAAAAUACAAUAUUUACUUAAAUCUUCUACAGUUACAACGCCAACAUCUGCAAAAAUAGAACUAAUAUUUUUUAAGUGUGACUUUUUAAAAAAUCUGGAAACAUUGCAAAGUAGGAUGAUCGCAUUCUAAUAAUUUCAUAUUCUUAAAUGCCCCACUGUCAUCUUCCUUUACUUCUGGAAGGAAACAUGUAGAUAUUAACACAGUUGCACCUUCACCUCCUCAUUCCCUUCCCCACUGGCAGUAGUUUUAAUAGCAAGCCCCAUGUGGGUAUUAGCAUUUAAUGGAGCAUUACUCCUAUUCUCGGCUUCGUCCAUUCAGUCAGAGUCUAAUCUAACCUACAAAAAAGACUUACCCAGUCCACAACCCCCGCCCUAUCCCCAAAUCUAACACUUUCAGUGACCACUGGUUUUGGCAACUCUGUGACCGCUUCCUGGCUAGCACCGUGGCCUCUUCAAACCUUGUUUAUUUUUCCAAAUUGUCCUGGAUAUGAGCAUCUUCUCUGCCAUACGGCCGCUGCCUUCCUCUACGAUGGCCGUGCCCAUGGUGCUCCAGCUAAGGCUCCACUCUCAGCUAUAAUGGGCACAAAGGGCGCCGCCAUCUUUUUUCCCACAGCAGACUGAAUAGAAUGCCACUGCGCCGUGUUGGCCUUGGCUGGGCACCCGACUCUUGAGUGUCCCUUGUAACGAAGAGACAAAGGCACUGAGGUGGCUAAGAGUGAUUCCCACAGCCAUUAUGGCCGCUCCUGUCAGAAACGCUGCGAUGGGCGCAGCCCUGUGACCUCAUAGAGCGGCGCCCGCAGUCUGAACUCGCGAUCCGGGGCAGGCUCUGUGGUCUUCCUCUCACUUCAUCGUCCUCACCGCUCAGCUUCCGGUAGGCCGCGCAGAAGCGCGUCUGAAUAGGAAGCGUUUUCGGACGUGGAUGCUGCGUUCUGUCGCUGCCAGUGGUGUCUGGAGAGGUUCGGGAUCGGUCCUCAGGUCCUGGCUCCCAGAAGCAAGAUAACUCAAGUGAAGCAAUGAAGGAAGAAGGAGGUUGCUGGCCUUGGAUAGCAUAAUUUCUGGGGACAACUUUAAGUGGACACUAAUAUUUCUGACUAGGAAAACUUCAAAAACUUCAUGGCAAAUGCAGAAGAUACAAAGAAGUAUAGUCCAUGUUAUCCACUAUUUUCUGAGCACAGAAGAAAAUGAUCAAGACCCAGGAAUCACUGACCCUGGAGGAUGUGGCUGUGGAAUUCAGCUGGGAGGAGUGGCAGCUCCUGGACACUGCUCAGAAGAACCUGUACCGGGAUGUAAUGGUGGAGAACUAUAACCACCUAGUAUCACUGGGGUAUCAAACUAGCAAACCAGAUGUACUCUCCAAGUUGGCGCAUGGACAAGAACCAUGGAUAACAGAUGCUAAAAUCCAGAAUAAAAAUUGUCCAGGAAUCAGGAAAGUUGACAGUCAUCUGCAAGAGCACUCUCCAAACCAAAGACUUCUGAAAAGCGUGCAGCAAUGCAAUGGACAGAAUACACUUAGAAAUAUUGUACGUCUCAGCAAGACACAUUUUCCUAUAGUGCAAAAUCAUGAUACAUUUGACUUGUACAGAAAAAACUUGAAAUCAAGUUUAAGUUUAAUCAACCAGAAGAGAAGACAUGGAAUAAAUAACCCUGUUGAGUUUAUUGGAGGUGAGAAAACGCUUCUACAUGGUAAGCAUGAACGUACGCAUACUAAAACUAGAUAUUCUGAAAAUGCAAAACGCAUCCAUACUAAAUUCCAAGCCUUCAAGCAUCAGAGGACUCAGAAAAUUGAGAAACCCCAUGCAUGCAUUGAAUGUGAGCAAACCUUCUUUAGGAAGUCUCAGCUCAUUUACCAUGAGAACAUUUGUAUACAAGAGAAUCCUGGAAGUGGUCAAUGUGAGAAAUUAUCCAGAAGUGUCCUGUUCACUAAGCAUCUGAAAACUAAUACAAGAGACAAAAUCUGUAUACCCAAUGAAUAUAGAAAAGGCUCUACUGUGAAGAGUAGUCUCAUUACACAUCAAGAAACCCAUACAGAAGAGAAAUCCUAUAUGUGCAGUGAGUGUGGAAAGGGCUUUACAAUGAAGCGCUAUCUAAUUGCUCAUCAGCGAACUCAUAGUGGAGAGAAACCUUAUGUGUGCAAUGAAUGUGGAAAAGGUUUCACUGUGAAGAGCAAUCUCAUUGUACAUCAGCGAACUCAUACAGGGGAGAAACCCUAUAUAUGCAGUGAAUGUGGAAAAGGCUUCACCAUGAAGCGCUAUCUUGUUGUACAUCAGCGAACUCAUACUGGAGAGAAACCCUAUAUGUGCAGUGAAUGUGGAAAAGGCUUUACUGUGAAGAGCAAUCUCAUUGUACAUCAGCGCUCCCAUACAGGAGAAAAAUCUUACAUAUGCAGUGAAUGUGGAAAAGGCUUCACUGUCAAACGCACUCUCAUUAUACAUCAGCGAACUCAUACAGGAGAGAAAUCUUACAUAUGCAAUGAAUGUGGUAAAGGCUUCACCACAAAGCGCACUCUUAUUAUACAUCAGCGAACUCAUACAGGAGAAAAACCCUAUGAAUGCAAUGAAUGUGGUAAAGCCUUCAGCCAGAAAAUAUGCCUCAUACAACAUGAGAGAUGUCAUACAGGAAAGACUCCCUUUGUAUGUACCGAGUGCGGAAAAUCCUAUUCACACAAAUAUGGCCUCAUUACCCAUCAGAGAAUUCACACAGGAGAGAAACCUUAUAAGUGCAAUGAAUGUGGAAAAGCCUUCACCACAAAGUCAGUACUCAAUGUACAUCAAAGAACGCAUACAGGAGAGAGGCCGUAUGGAUGCAGUGAUUGUGAGAAAGCCUUCUCCCACUUAUCACACCUUGUCAAACAUAAGAAAAUGCACACAAGAGAAAUGGGUAGAAUCAGUCAAGUUGAAAACUCCUGUAAUGGAGAGUCACAGCUCCUUCCUUAUAAGUGAACUCAUGCAGAAGAAAACCCUACUAGUGCAGUGACUAUGGAAAUGCCUUUUGUGGCAACUCAGACUUCAUUAAACAUCAGUGUGUUUCUAGCCAAUUGGAACAUAAACAUGGUGCUGCCUGUUGACAGAUGUGUGUCUGUCCUCAGGAGGUGAAAUAAUUUGCCCUAGAGAUCAACUUGAUGAAUACAGUAAAUAAGGUAGUGCCUUUAGUGGUCUUUUACCUCAUAUUUUCUGUCAAUGAAAACACGUUGAAUAAACUAUAUUAAUGUGGAGAUGUUUUGAGCAAUAAUUUCUGCUCAUAUGUCUGAAAAGUAUACAGAGAUAAAUUCUGUGAAUAGAAAGACUAGGAAGUCUUCUGUGGAAAGAUAGACUUUAUUAUCAGGUUUCAUCAUAGAUUUCAACGUAAGUGAGCUUAUUGUUGAUAGAAACAUGAUGACCAUGACAAAGUCUUUACUCAGAAAUAUGACCUCAGUGAGUGUCAAAGUUUACACUGGAGAAUAACUUUAAGGUGACAGUAUUAAUGGCAGGAUUUCAGUGACGCACUCUCCUUCAUUUUGUCAGGAGAUCACAUAGAAAGUAAAAUUGUUACGAACAUGCUAUCAAAUAAAUGUGGAACACCUUUAGCAAACUAUCAAGAGCUCAUGAAGGCAUGAAAUGUGGUGAAAAUGAUGAAUAUUUGAGUGCUUUUUCUUAAUAAGUGUAACCUUAAACAUCAGCUAAUACACCUGGUGUGCAUUUUCAGACAGGAUACCUUAAUCCUCAUUUCUAGUUGCCUUGCCAAUGAUUCCAUAAUAUACUGUCUCAUUACUGUUUAUUUUUACUGUUUUGUAAAAUUGUGGUAUAAUAAGAAAUACAUUUGGUCUUUGUUCCUGGUUCCUGGCACAGAGCUCCUAAAACGCUUAGAAUUUCAUGAGUGAUAGGAGUGUUUUUUUUUGGUUUGGUUUUGUUUUUGCUGUUGUUGUUAUUCAUAGCACUGCCCUUUUAAUUACACCUGAUUAUACUACUGAGGUGACUUAUGGUUGGUCCCCUAGACAGCCUCAGAAUGGGGCUGUUCCCUAGGAAGAUCAAGUAACUAGAGAAUGGAAACUUUGUCCCCCAUUUCUCCCACCUCCUGGAAGGGGAGGGGGGCUGGAGAUUAGAUUAGACAAUGAGAUUAAGAGAACUCCAAAUAGCCUAGGAGGGUGGUGCACCUCCAACUUCAUAGGGAUAGAGGCUCCUGAGAUUAGGAGAACCCUUUUUAGGCUUUACUCUAUGUACCUCUUCAUUUGAGUGUUCAUUUGCGUCCUUUAUAACCAGUAAAACAAAGUACACUGUUUUCUUGAGUUUUGUGAGCCCUGUAGCAGAUUAUCAAACCUGAGUAGGGAUAGUGGGAACUUGGAAUUUAUCACCAUUCAGAACUGCAGGUUGUCCUUGUGAGUGGCAUCUGAUGUGGGGGAAGUCUUGGACUGAGCCUCUUAACUUGUGGAGUCUGCACUAACUUGGAGAAGUUAGUGUCAGAAUUGAAUUGUAGAACACCCAGUUGGUGUGGGAGAAUUACAGAAUCUAUUGGUGUCAGAAAAUACUUGAGAACAACCACCCCAUAUUAUGAUUAGCUCUUUUCCUUUCUUUGGCUCUAAGCUUAAUUGUACAUUAAGCAAACUUAAGUAGUUUAAAAAGAAACUGAAUAUGUUAAAUAUAUUAACAUAACAACAUAUUUGGACUUGCUUAACUAAGAUUAUAGAGAUGAUCAGUUUAUAAAACCACCUUCAACUUAAAUAAAUUUGAACUCAAACGCAAUUGCAAAACUAGUCUAGAGGCUUUGCUAGUAUCCUUCAACCAAUUUCUAGUAAAAAUAUCCUACAUAACCAUAAUUAUCAAAACCAGAAAAACAACAUUGGUAGGAUACUAUAAAGUAAACUAAUCUUAUUUGGGAUUUGACUAAUUUUUACAUGUUUUUUUCUUUUUUUAGUUUGUACUCUAAGAAGUUGUAUUACAUGUAUAGAUUCGUGUAACCACUGCAACCACAUAAAACUAAUGAACACAAGUCCCUCAUGCUACCUUUUUAUGCUUACACUCCAUCCAAACCUAACUCUGCCAACCACUUUUCUCCUAUCAGUAUAAUUUCAUCAUUUCAUGAAUGUGAUAAAAAUCAAAUUGUUUUUGUAAAUGGUUUUUAUAAAUUUUAUAUAAAUAAGUUAUAUGAAUUUUUAUUGAUAGAGAGUAUGUAAGCUUUUGGCAUUUUUGUCACUCAGCAAAUUACUCCUAAGGUUUAUAUGAGUUGAUGAAUAGUUGUUUUAUUAUUAUUUUUUUACCACCAUGUAUCUAACCAGAUGAAAGCUGUUUAUAUUAGAGAGUAGUAUACAUAUUUGAUGUACUAGUUUGUUUAUCCAUUCACCUAUGAGAUAUAUUUGCACUGUUUUCCUGGUUUUAAGUGCUAUAAAUAAAGAUGCUGUGAAAUCUA